CACGAGAUGUGGAGGCCAUGCUGAAAUCAAGCUGAGAACAACAACAAAAGUUGACAGAUCAGAAGUGUCUCCUAAUUCAUGGGGUAAUCCUAUCUACUCUGGCGGCGAUCGUUUGGUGACAGUUUUAGAUGGCCUGUGCUGUGAGCAGCUACAGGGGCAGCUGUCCCCAGCAUGAUCUUACAUCUUCCUCCACAACCUGAUGGAGCUGGCUUCCUGAUACAUAUCUGACAAAUACUCAUCAACACAUAUCUUUUCCUCAUGGAGAUCUCAACGUCCACAUGACCUGUCUGUUAUCAUUCGUUCUGAAGUUAAAACAAAUAUCCUCUCAGUGAAAUUAAUUUUCAAGUAAAAAAUAAUAAGUUCGAUUUGGAGGCGUUCAUGUAUAUGUGAUGUAGACAUGUGAAUAUGUCUUCUCGUUGACCGGCCACUGUGAAUUAUGAGCCAGAAAAUGAAUCAGAGUCUUGGUAAAGGUGACGUAUCGUACAUUAGAGCCACACCCACAGGGUCUCUGCCGGCAAAAUCUCCACCUCCUAUUCCAGCCAGGGAAAAAAAUAUCACUCCUCUUUCACAGUUUUCUGGUAUGGACUUUGAACUGAACCAACGAGAAGAGAUGUUGUCGAAGGAACUGGAUGAAGCUCGGAUACGGGCAACACAGAUGGAAAAGACCAUGCGGUGGUGGUCAGACUGUACAGCAAAUUGGCGAGAAAAAUGGAACAAGGCUCGUAAUGAACGAAAUAAGGCACGCGAUGAGAAUCGGCAACUUCGCUCCAAGUUGGAAGCUGUUGUGAAAGAGUGCAAUUUAUUAAAACGCCAAAGACAAGAUUUAAAAGCUGAAAAUGAAAAUAUGAAAAAAGGUUGAACAUUACAUCGGACGAGGAUAAGGACAAAUUGAGUGAGGCGAGUAGUAAUGAGAACACGUCUGGUAAAGAUGGACAAGAAUGACAGUGAGAAGGAGAUGGAUGAGACAGACUUUUCACAUGGGAAGAAAAAUGCUGACACUGAUUACACUGACAAGAUGGAGAAGAUUCGUGAGAAUCGCCGUAAAAUGGAGGAGGAACUGUUGAGCCCAUCUGAUGACACGCUGAUGGAAGAGAGACAGGCGCUUCUACAGAUGAAGCUGGAUGAAGCCCAGAAGACCAUCAUAGCAGAGAGGCAUGAAAAGACAGGCUUGGUGAAGUCCAUGGACAAACUGCAGAUGGAGGUCAACUCCAUGCGGAACAAGUACGAGGAGUUGAAGAAGACCAAACAACAGACCAUGGAACAGUUGAAUAAGGUUCGAGAAGACCACAAGGACGAGAUCGGCCGGAUGACCUUGGAGUUGGAGGAUGAGAACUGUAACCGGUCGUCCCUUGACCGCAGACUCGGGGAACUACGCAGAGAGUUGGAGCGCCUCCAGGCUGAGAACGCGGCGGAGUGGGGCAAGCGUGAGCGGCUGGAGACGGAGAAGCUGGCGCUGGAGCGAGACAACAAGAAGCUGAGGCAUCAGAUGGAGGACCUGGAGGAGCAGCUGGAGAGGAAGCACCAGCAGACCUCCGCCAUGGUGGACUCCGACAUGAAGACUCUGCAGUUUGAGCUGUCUGAGAAGAAUAAGGAGCUGAACGACCUCCGCCACAUCCACGCCAAGCUGAAGAAGACCCUGCAGGACCGGGUGACAGAGCUGGACCACACCAAGAGGAGGGCGGAGCAGUACGAGCUGGAGGUGAAGAAACUCCGCUGUCGGGUUGAGGAGCUCAAGAAGGAACUGGCAGGAGCCGAGGAUGAGGUGGACUCGCAGGCCAACAGCGUGAGGAAGCUGCAGAGGGCAAACGAUGAGCUGCAGGAACAGGUGGACAACCUGCAGGUCCAGGUGGAACACCUACAGUCCAGAUUGCGUAGAAACAGUCAGCCGAUGUCGACAGGGCGAGCACCAAGUUUAAAAUCCUUCACUCUGGACGACCCUGCAGAUGCUGAUGAUAGCGACCUUGACGACAUGGACGACAUGUCAUGACUAGGAAGUCCAGUCCACGGGAAUCUCAAUCUGAAUCAAAAUAUAUCGAGUUAGUGGAGGUGUAGAACAUGUUGAAGGUUUACAAUUGUUUUGUGACACAACGUUUGUAUUUGUGUUUGAAUGAGUGUGAAUUUACAACUUACAGUAUGACUGCCAAACAGUUUUUUAAGCUGACAUAGGUUUGAUGGAAAGUGAGUGAUAUGUUUCCUCUUGAGUUAUCUCUGAGUUAACAUCUGCCGUGUCUUCUUGUGAGGUUGUUUAAUUCCCAUUCCCAGUGGCGACACAUAAGACCGGUCCCUCUACAGCUCUAACAUGUUUCUCUGGUGCUUUCUGUUUUCGAUAUUUGGCAGUUGUUUCCUGAUUCUUUUGUAACAUCCCCUAAAGUAGUUUUCACAAUUCUCGACUGUUUCGCAAUCUUGGUAUGUAAUGUCUGAAAUGGAUUUGCAUUGACCACACACUGUACUGAAACUGAAUUCUGUUAUCUCGAGAUGGAUAUGGGGACUCCAGAUUCAGAUUAGUACCAAGAUUGAUUCAAUAAAUUGCUUUGUGCAAAUUCAUGUGCUUCAGUCCAACAGUAAGUCUAAACCCGACUGGUCGAGUUCCUGAAAGUCUUCAGUUAGAAACUCCAGACCAGAAACCCCUCUAUCAUCUUAGUUCUACAGCUUUUGUAAGUGUUAGUUUCACCCAGGUGUUGUCCGCACUACAGAUAUUUUAAUGGUUGAUACUCAUUGAGGUCUUUGGCCAAAAAAUCAGGUAACCUGACCGUCCCAUUCCUUCUCUUGUGACACAUAUGUUUUUAUAUCACAGCUGGAAACAGCUGUCAUGAGACCCAUCUUCAGCAUUUAAAAAAAACAUUGGAUGCUUCCACAUGUCAUUGUCUGACUACAAGUCAGAUCUGAACAAGUCAUCCAUCAAGGCGAGAAUCUAUGGAUAUCAACUUCUUUAUUUUGAGGAACAUUACAUUUUGGGGUAUAUUCUUACUCCUCCAUCAGGUGAAGUCAUCUGUGUUGCACAUUAGAAUAAUAUUAAAUAUAAACAAAAAACUUCCAACAACCCAGUAUUUUGGGUUCAUGUCACAUGUUUCAGUUAAGUGUGAGCAACGGUCGUUGUUAGUAUACAGACAUUAUGAUGGUCUUUGUAUUAGACAGCUUUGUGGAACAUGUCUCCGGACUCCAGGUGGAAGCUGUGCAGCUUCAUAUCUCGCCCAGUUGGUCAGAAACUUGGAAUUGGUAGUUAAGGAAUACUGUUUGUGUACGUGCCAGUAUAUAAUGAGAACAUGUGGACUAUGUACAAGUGGCUGUGGUAUAUAUAGGACUAUGUAACAUAUGUGAACAUUAUGUAUAGAUAUAUAAUCGUUGCUCAUUCACCACUGAGCAUUACAAAAGUGGAUUGAAUAUUUUAACCUUGGACGGCUCGGUUUGUUGGAGAAGUCCCUCCUCAUGUAUAUUCAUCAUGAUUUAGAACAGAUCCUGUAGUCAGUCUGAUUACAAACUUUCCAUGUCUGUUUCCAUGAUUUAACACUAUGUGAUUAUGAAAACUGGCACAAUCCUUGCCCUUCAUGACUGAUGAACCAAUGUAGCAGGUUAGAUUUGAUUGUCUCCCUUGAAUUGUUCCACAUCCUGGCUGAUUGUUAUCAGAGAAAUUUACUGUUAUGCUCACUGGCGGAUCAGGACUAGGGGAGAUGGGAGGGGUGCACAUGUUGUUUGUCCAUGUUGUGUGGGCAGAGUACAGUCCCCUGGUUGAAAGUCCUGGAUCUGCCUCUGGUGCUACGUGAAAAUUUACUGCAUGUUGAUAAUGUAUUGAUACAGAGUGUUACAGUGUGUCUGAUCACUGUAUGAUAUAUUGAUGCAGAAUGUUACAAUGUAUCUCAUCAGUGUAUGAUAACAAUGGUAUAUCCUGUUACAGAUCUCAUUAUGGUCGUCAUAUGGUUUAUAUCACCACAAUCCCUCCAUGACAAGAUUUUUCUGAGUGUAAUGAACGAUCACCUUAUACCUUCUUCAUCCAUGUCCUGUUGAAGUGUGACAAGUGGUUCUUUCACUUACCGUAGUUCCUUGAUCAAAAUGCAACAUUAUUUUCAACAUCUUUGAUCUCUGUGACUGAUCUAUGCCUGUCUCUCAAUGUUUAUUAUCUUUUGAAGCAUGCUUUAACCUUGCUUUGUCUCAUUUGUGUGGAGAGUCAUUUCAUCAUGUUGGCAGUAUGUGGGAAUUAAGACAUCAAGGUUGGCUGCAUCACAUGGGGUGCAUAGGUGGAGCAGUUGUCUCAGAUGUCACAGAUUUAUUCCCUUUGACAUGGCAGAAACCUCAGACUGUGAGUUUAUUCUAUAUUUGCCCAUAUCAUGUUUCCAGUAAAGGCUGCAUACUUUUGCAUACUUUUAAGAAACUCGGGUCACUUUGGCUUUCCUCCAACAUUUAGUUGACAUGGACAUUACCCAGCUGCUGGUCAUUAUAUCUGAACUCACUCACUGACUCACUAGACUCACUGACAUACUCUAUACUUCUGGGAUUUACACUAACCCCUGGCAAACACUAUCAUGAUGACCAUUUUAUUGACAUCGCCAACUCAGCAUUGAGGCUGCUUUGUAACUCACAUUCUGACUGAUUCAUUACACUAAGCAGCGUAGCAAAUCAAAUUAGCCAAUGGAAAUGAAGGGUGAGUAGUUUAAGAUCUUGGCAACCAUAGUCAUGGAUCCAGGGGUAAAUAUAGGUUUACCGAACUGCUAGCCCUUGAGGUGAAGAGCAUGACUCACUCACUCACUCACUCUUAGGUCACUUGCUGUGAUAUUGUGUUAAAGUGACGAAAAACCUCACAGCCAGACACUUGUGUAGUGAUUAUUUGGGCAUUGUGAUGUAAUAGUCAUAUAGCAUAUUUUAAAAUGAGAAUCAAAUGUGUGUUUCCCAAGUCAGUGUAUGUUGCAUUUGUUUUCAAUACUCAGUGCUUCCUGCUGGUGUAGACGCAUCGUGGUAGUCGAGACUGUUAGAUGCAGAAUUGUGUUCCGCUAUCUGACUGCUUUGUGACCAGCCUAUUACUGGUUAUGUAGACUCCUCAAUGCAGAAACCAUUGCAAAGGCAUUUAGAAGUUGGAUAUGAUCCUGACAUGGACAUUGUAGAUAACAGAUUCUUUAUUGUCGUCAGCUUUUGAAGGGGCAAGAUGUAUCCUGGAAACAUUGUGUAUGUGUGAUAAAGAAGCUGUAACCAAAUAUUCUCUUACUACCGUUCAGCUAUGUCAGUUUAUUCAGAUAGAAGUCUCAUAUAGUCUCCAGGUGUGUUCAACAAAGGAGGUAAGUCUUACAAGAUGUUAGAGGAAAUUCUCUACUUAGGCAAUGGGAUGGGACGAGAUGCGGGAGGUAUUGGAUAUUGGCUCUUAUAGAUGCGUAGUUUGUUAAACCGUUUGUCAUUUAGAUAAAACUGUUUUUGAACAAAACCAAAUGAACAGAUCUUUGCAGCUGAGAAGAGGCAAUGCUCUUGGGUGCCCCUUAAAGCACUCGCUCAUCACGCCAAAGACCCGGGUUUGAUUCCCCACAUGGGUACAAUGUGUGAAGCCCAUUUCUCUUGUGCCCUGACAUGAUUUUGCUGCAAUAUUGCUGAAAGUAACUUAAAACCAUACUCUCUCUCUCUCUCCAUGGUAUUAAUCAUUAGCCAAAGAUUGGUUUUAUCAUGAUAAGUGUAUGUACGUCACUCUGCCAAAAUACAGGUAAAUAUUUUGAUGAGAAUUAGUAUUUAGAAGGAUGCGAAAGUACUAUAGCCAUUGGCACCUGCUGGUUUGUUAAUGUAGUGCUGUGUGUUACGUUACUCUGAAUACAACUGCAACAGUUGGAAAGAUUCAAUAAUGUCUCCAUCCUUUGUUUGAUGGUUUGAUAACAAGUCAGCAAGACUUCAUUGUUUUGUCAUCUAACCAUUUCUGUGACCAUUGUUCACAAAUAUGGUAAAACACCCAGUACACCUUCAUUACUUGAGCUGCACCAGUCUGGAACUGAACACAUUCUCAUGGCUCCUGUCUGCAUGACAAGUUAACAAACACAUUGUUAUAUAUAUUCAUUCCAGAGACUAAAUGUUUGCUUUGUGCUGAGGGGCGGUGUUGUAGCCUAGUGGUUACAACGUUCGCUCGUCACGCCGAAGACCCAGUGUUUGAUUCCACACAUGGGUACAAUGUGUGAAGUCCAUUUCUGGUGUCCCCUGCCGUGAUAUUGCUGGAAUAUUGCUAACUGCUGUUUAAAACUCAACUCAGUCAGUCACGGCUUUGUGCUGCAUCCGUGUCAGCAGUGGUGAGGUUAUGAGUAAUCCUACUGCUGCUGUAGGUGGCUUGAAUCUCCAUCAUCAACCGUUAGCUGUCUGUGGUGUUCUCCAGACUGCCAUCAUACAUUACAGAUAUCUGGCACCAAACCCCGUCACCUCCAGCAUGUUGUGGGGUCUAGUGGUUUAAGUGUUGGCUCAUCAUGCCGAAGACCCGGGUUCAAAUCCCCACAUGAGUACAAUGUGUGAAGCCCAUUUCUGGUGCCCCCUGCCUUGAUAUUGCUGGAAUAUUGCUAAAAGCGGCGUAAAACCAAACUCAGUCAGCCAGUCAGUCCAGCGUGUUGUUACCUCAGUUCCAUGUAUAACAUGUAUUCACAUCGACUAAUGCUCAUGCCCAGUACAACAAGACUCAUGCAGAUGAACUGGAACUAGGUUCCAGCAGAUGUUGAGCAGCCCCUGUCAGUAAUGUUGAGGACGAUAUUCAUCCAUGUUUCAGUAGUUUGUCUUAUUUCCAUCAGCAUCUUACAUUAUCCAAUGUUACAUUUAUACUUCCAGUUGGAUAACUGCCCUGGACACUGGUUUUGUGAUGGGUGCCAAGAGAUGCUAAUCUUUUUGUGUACACCAGUGGGAAUUGUAUGACAGUGGUCACUGCUUUUCGUUUCUUAUCAAUCAUAUUAAUGUUAUUGGUCUGAUGUUGAAUGUAGCUUCUUACUGUAGCUUCCACUCUCAAACCACGGGUUCGAUUCCCCACAUGGGUACAAGGUGUGAAGCCUAUUUCUGGUGUCCCUUGCUGUAAUAUUGCUGGAAUAUUGCUAAAAGCGGCAUAAAACCCAACCCACUCUCUCUCUCUCAAACAACGUGUUCAUGUGGAUGUUUUUAGCACCUCUGUGGUAGCUGUACGAUCUUUCCAGACGCAUUGAUGGUAGCAGGGAUUGAUAACACGUUCACUCCAUGUUUGUUGAGGCCAUACAUGAGCAGCUGUAAGUCUAUAAAGCCCAGUGUGGCAUUUUGUGGUCUUGAACAUGUAGACAAGACACAAGAUACUGGGUCUAAUGAAGUUAGUUUUAUACGUUUCAACCAAUGAUGAUAUAAUUUCCGACCCCAGCAACUUAAGCUUGUUGUAAGAGACAACAAAGUGGAUCAGGUGGUCAGGUGUCAUCAUGUUCCAGUUGCUUGGAUCGACUCAUGAUGUCAGUCUCUGGAUUGUCUCGUUUAAAUUGGAUUUUUCAUAACGCUGUCACUUACAAUUCUGCUCAUACAGUGUAAGAAAUAAGGCCAGUCCCACCGCCCGAGACGAGCUAGAUUUCUGACGGUCUAAAUCUACAGCUAGCCUGCCCGAUGGUCUGGUAAAAAUGGUACAAGUUUCAUACAUGUGAGUAAAUUCACCAUAUCUAAGCGUCUCGUCUGGUUAAAUCCAUUUUGGGCUGGUAACUUUUUGAAGUUGCCAGCCCUGAUGUCGGUCUGUGUUUUUGGCGUAUUUCAUACACUCUCCUCAUAGCAAAACAGGAUACCAAACAAAGAAUAGACCUUUCAUGGUUGUCCAUCAGUACAUAUCCACCCCAGUUUACUGGUUAUUGUUUUGUCUGAUCACAGAAACAUUCUGACACAUAUCUUCAGAACUGGCCAAAGACAUGGGCCUACCAUGUACUUCCUGUGUAAUUCAGAACCUGGGACCCUCCUCUGUGAUGCUGCUGUGUGGCCAGGCAAACUAACAGUGACUUCAUUUCAAAUUUUUGUGGGUAUAAGAAAGAGUAAAUGAUCACCCUGCUUGUAAAGAGCCAUGGUCUCAUAAGGUACAAGUCGCAAUGUCUGACCCUGUGAGAUUGUCUGUAAGGUGAACAAGCAAGAUCAUUGUCCUAUUUUAUCGAAGGCAGUAAUAAGGAUAUCCUGUUGUAAAACAAAAUCAUUUCAUGAAAAAACCCCAAAGAGGUAUAGCCUCCUGUAGCAGACUCCAGAAGGAGCUCAUGGUACAUUUUGUAGAAUAAGACUGAAACUUUGAGA